UUAAAAAAUUUGUUUUCCUUUCGAUUUUCCGGAAAAAUUGUGUUUUCCAUGCUAUAUUUCGUUUAAAAUUAAGAAAAAAUGUAAAAAAUUAAAAGUUUAAAGAUAAUUUUUAAAGAAACAGCUCAAAAUCAAUCAAAAAAAUCGAUAUUUAGAUGGAAAAUAUGUCGCAAAAUAUUUCGGCAAGCUUGGGAGUAACUUCCCGUACAGCUCCUACGAAAAAUAUCCUGGAAAAUGCAUCAUCGCCACAAGUUUCUUCCGAAUGGGACAUCAAAGAAUCGCAACGACAACGAGAGCUCGAAGAAGCCCGCGCCCGAGCCGCCCAAAUGGAAAAAACGAUGAAAUGGUGGAGUGAUUGCACGCAAAAUUGGCGUGAAAAAUGGAGUAAAGUCCGUACGGAGCGGAACAAGGCACGCGACGAAGUCAAACAACUCCGUGCCAGUCUCGAAACUGCCCAAAAAGACGUCGAAAACUACAAACGCGAGAUGGAAAAACUUCACUUGCUGAUGCUCAAGCAUGCGGGACAGUUCAAGAAAGAAGACGACAAUCGCGAUGCAAGUAAUGGAUCACCUGACAUCUCCUCCGAUGGCAUGAAAAACGUAAAUUCCGAAGACGGAUUGGUGACAAAAGUCGAGAAAAAUGGCGAAAAUAACGUGGAUUUGUUGGAAGAAGCGUUAGCGAAACAUUCGCUGCAAUUAACCAAAGACGAGCAAAUCGCCGAAGAACGACGUUUGAUCCAACAAUUGUCGAAAGAGGACCAAAACGAGGAUUUUUUGUUGGAAAAAGUCACCACGUUGCAAAAUAAACUCGAUGAAGCGCAAAAAGGGAUGCAACUCGAGCGGGAAGAGAAAAACGCGUUGCACAAAAAUUUCGAAAAACUCCGUCACGAGUUCCAUGACUUGCGUUCCAAGUGCGAAGACUUGCGACAAGCGAAGCAAGAAGCCGUUCGUGAACUCCUAACGUUGCAGGAAACGCAUCGCGCGGAAUUACGUAUCGCCAAUAAUUCAUUGCAAGAGGAAGUUGUCGCUCGGGAGGCUUUAGAGAAGCGAAUUUGCGAUUUACGGACCGAAUUGGAGAAGUUACAGGCGGAAAAUGCCGCCGAAUGGGGCAAACGUGAACGUUUAGAGACGGAAAAGCUCACGAUGGAUCGCGAAAACAAAAAAUUACGUUCCGAAUUGCAAGAUUUACAGGAUCGGCUUGAACGUAAAGGGCGCCCAAUCACAAAUACCGACGCCGAAAUUCGCACGAUGCAACAAGAUUUGGCAGACAAGACCAAAGAACUGGCCGACGUCAAGCAUUCCAAUAAUAAAAUGAAGAAAAUGUUGACAGAAUCGAACACGGAACUGCAACAUGCCGUAAGAAGAGCCGAGCAAUACGAAACUGAGGUGAAAAGGUUACGAACUCGGGUUGAAGAGCUCAAACGAGAAUUGGCAGCAGUUGAAGAUGAGUUGGAUUCGACCUUGAAUCACGUGAAACGUCUUCAGAGACAAAAUGAGGAGCUAACUCAGCAAAAUGAGCAUUUCCAAGUACAAAUGCAGCAUUUGCAUUCGAGAAAUAACACCGCCAGUCCAAACAAACAAUUCAAAACUAAAAUUGGCUUUCCGCAUGAAUACAAACCCAACAUCCACGAGCUCAAACAACUCUUUGACGACACAAAACGUUCCCACAUCUCCUCAUAUGCCUCGGAAAAUCCGUCUUCGCAACAAGCCCCCGUCACAAAACCCUCCCAAAAGUCCCAUCAACGAACCUAUUCCGAUGCGAAACCCACUUUGAUCGAAUCCGAUCUCAAUUCGUUCGAUAUGCGGAUGCAAUCGCGCAAUAACGCCUUCAAUUUUGAACGGGCAAAGCAAAAAUUCGACAAUUCCAGUCGCUCCAAUAAGCAACCCAUUUAUUCCGUGUCACAAAAACAAGCGGGUUCCUUUAUUCCGAAGCGAAAUUCGUAUCUUGAGAAUAAUUAUGAGGAUGUUACGUCGCCCGGAUUUAAUGAUGAGGCGCCCAUUGCGAAUUCCAAAGGCAAUUAUUCAAUGACGAGCAGCAUUAACUUGGAUGGGCUCAAAGUCUCCGAUGACGAAUAGUCAUUUUAUACAUUUAUAUCGUAAAAAUUUAAACGAAACAUAUUAGUUGGUAGUGAUGAAAAGUAAUUCUUCCCAAUGGAUCUGUCAGCAAUAGUGAUAAACAAAGUGAUGUGUGACAACACCUCAAACCCUCAAAAAAUCAUUAAAAAUUAAAAUAAUCAAAAAAAAAAAUCACAUUCAAAAACGAUUUGAAUUUAUUUUCCUACGUAAAAAGUGUGUUGAUACAAAAAUUACAUUUAAGUUGUUAGUUUUUAAAAUAACGGAACUGAAAAGACUUGAUUGCCAUUUAUUUAUAUUUUUUAAUUUUAAUUUAACAAAUUUUUCGUAUUUGUGUGAGUUUUUUUGUUUUUGACAUUUUUUCCGAAUAAAAGUAUUAAAAACUAUGAAUAUAAUUAUUAAUUAUUACAAAAUAUGAAAGAAUUAAUAUUAAAAAAGAAAAAUUACUCAAAA